AUGGAUUGGUACAAGACGUGUGGCGCCGCAAAGUUGCAUUACACCCGCCCACAUCCUCCCGUACCUGCCAACACUCCGGCGGCCUCCCUCGCAUCCAUUUUUCAACACGAGCUCACUCAUCGCUAA